AAGUCCGUAUUAUAAAGUCAGUACUGGCGUUAUUUGCGAGUGCUUUUCACUUUCAGAUAUGAAGUGUAGUUGUUCAUUCAGCUCACUCACAGCUGUACAUGGUUUUGAACGUUUCUCCUGCAAAAAUAUAAAAAAAGGUCUCUUUGUCCGUUCUACAGGCUGUUCCUUCUCUUGCUCUUGGGGGAUUCAUUCCUGUUAAUUUUAGAGUCUGUUGUAGCAUUCGCGCCCCGUCAACGAAAGCAUCCCCCACCUUUCACUUGACCAUGGCCGCUCCGCUCCUCUGCCUCCUCCUGCUCCUCUCCACCGCGUCGGCGGAGUACGCACAGGAGCUGCUUCGGCGCGCCGAGGGGGAGCGAGACUGGAUUGUCGGCGUGCGCCACGCCCACCCGGAGCUCGCGUUCCAGGAGCACCGCACCAGCGCACUCGUCCGCGAGGAGCUCGAGGGGCUAGGGAUCACCGCCUGCGCCGUUGCCGGCACAGGCGUCGUCGCCGACGUCGGCUCGGGCCUGCCCCCGAUCGUCGCCCUCCGCGCCGACAUGGAUGCCCUGCCCAUCCAGGAAUUGGUAGAGUGGGAGCAUAAGAGCAGAGUUGAUGGCGUAAUGCACGCGUGUGGGCAUGAUGCGCACACAGCGAUGCUCCUGGGAGCGGCAAAGCUGCUGCAUCAGCGCAAGGAUCAGCUUAAGGGAACGGUGAGACUCCUUUUUCAACCCGCUGAGGAGGGCGGUGCUGGUGCAUCUCAUAUGGUAAAAGAAGGUGUUCUGAAUGGUGUUGAAGCUAUUUUUGCCAUGCACGUCGAUUGUCAGAAGCCGACGGGUUCAAUAGCUGCUCACGCAGGACCGACACAUGCAGCCGUAUGUUUCUAUGUAGUGAAAAUAGAAGGUAAACCUGGGAAGGCUGAAACACCACACUUGAAUGUGGACCCUAUUGUUGCUGCGGCAUUUACCAUCCUCUCCCUGCAACAGCUCACCUCAAGAGAAGAUGAUCCUCUUCACAGCCAAGUGCUCUCUGUUACCUAUAUUAAAGCUGGGAAUUAUACUGAUACCACACCUCCAGUUGUUGAAUUCGGAGGUACUUUGAGGAGCCUCACUACUGAAGGACUUUAUCGACUAGAGAAAAGGCUUAAGGAGGUAGUAGAAGCGCAGGCAGCUGUUCAUCGAUGCAAGGGAGUUGCGGAGAUAUUGGGGGCUCCCUCCUACCCAAUGUAUCCCGCAGUCGUGAAUGAUGAGAGGCUGCAUCGCCAUGUGGAGAAUGUGGGCAGAAGUUUGCUUGGUCCAGACAAUGUGAAGCCCGGGGAGAAGAUCAUGGCAGGGGAAGACUUUGCUUUCUACCAACAGUUAGUUCCUGGCGUCAUCUUUGGUAUUGGUAUUAGAAACGAGAAAGUUGGUUCGGUGCAUUGUUAUCACAACCCGCAUUUCUUCGUUGACGAGGAUGUCCUUCCAAUUGGAGCUGCAUUGCAUACUGCUAUUACAGAAAUGUAUCUCUCUGGAUGUUCCACUCAAAAUGAAGUUGGAAGGGUGUAUUCACAGUAAGAGUAACUCUAGCAGAUUCCAUAAGAAGAGAGUCUGCAAAACAAUCUUAAAAGGGGCCUUUUUUUUAAGGCUCCAGAGCAACUGUGCAGUGUCAGAUUCCAUAAACUGUAGCCUUCAUAAAUUUUCAUUCAAUUUCUCCUAUGUGUGUGUGUGCGCACAUAUUUGAACUUUA